UCUCUUAUUAAUCGUCCAUUUCUAAGCCACAAAUAAAAAAAUCUAAGUAGCUAUAUUCAGAAAAUAUUUGAGUCAUAAUCCAUCCACGGUCAGAAUCACCAGAACAACGGUGUAGAUUACAGGAGAGUGGGCUCCACUGGCCAGGAUUGGAAACCCGCGUAUUAAACACCAUAGGGUCGCGCAUCUUAUUAAUCCUCUGCCGGCACGCUCGUCGUGGCCAAAGCGUCGAUUCCAAUGGCGUUGGAAUUCUCAGUCCUCUUCUACCCUCCCAACACUACAAGAGAGAGAGAGAGAGAGAGAGAGAGAGAUCCAAACCGUUGAGAGAUGGCAGACUGGGGCCCAGUUGUGAUCGCCGUUGUUCUGUUUGUGCUGUUGACUCCAGGCCUUCUGUUUCAGCUGCCUGGGAAUAAAAGAGCUGUGGAGUUUGCGAAUUUCCAGACGAGUCCUGUUUCCAUCUGCGUACACACCAUCAUCUUUUUCGGCUUCAUCACUAUCUUCCUCAUUGCUAUUGGAGUUCACAUCACCACCGGUUAGAUCCCCUUCCAUCCAAGCCGUCCAUUAGGUGUCCCCCAAUGUGUAUAUGCCCUUGAUCAAGAAUCAGGAUGGUCUGAAACUCUGGUAGGACACAUCUGAUGUUUGGUACUCUGUGGCCCUUCUGAUAAAUGGACCGUCCAGAUUCUUGGAUCACCUCAUCUAUAUGUUGGGGUCACCCAGAUGGACGGCUUGGAUCACCACACUUCCCCAGAAGUGGGGUCGGCAAGCGUCUGAAACCUUGGUCAUGUAUCCGGUAUCCCUCCCUUUUCUUGAUGUUGCUGAUUGCACUCGCCAAACUCAGCGCCUCACACGUGCCAACAUCGCACACGUAUGAGAGAUCCAGACCAUUCACUGGUAGGCCCCUCAGGUUAAUUUCUCUGGCCCAAAAGUCUGGCCAUCUUACUCAUGAGUUGGGCAACGUUCACGUAGAAAGACGCAAGAUGAUGACCACCAGUCCAAAUUAAGCACGUGUUUCGCACGUGAUAAGCAGAGGAGCCUGAAUCUUUUGUCCAGAGCAAGUUAUCGGUGUGAGCCUACCUGAUGGAUGGACCGGAUCUUGCACUCGUGUGGUUUUUUGGUAGGUGUAGUGCGUUUUGUGUAGUGGACUGCAAAGUAGCAUUUCUAUCUUUUAUUUUUUUGGUAAUUGGUAUUUUUGUUUCUGUAUUUGAUACGGUUUUCUUUUUAUAUAUACGUAUGUAUUUUUGAGACGGCUAACCACUUUCUCCAAAGCUUUUAAAUGAUACAAGGAACAACCAAUUUUCGAUCCAGACUGUCC